GUAUAUAUUUACAUAUCUGUGUGUGACUGUGUGUAUAUGUGUAUCUAUAUAUAAUAAAUAUAUAAUUUUUCCUCCAAGUAGUUUGUGUUUGAGAAUUACUGCAUAGAAGCCCUCUCUGUCUUCUCUCUCCAUCAUUGUCCGAACGAACCAAAAUCAGCAAUCGACUUCUCAAUUUCUAGGGCUAAACUCUCAAUUCCUUUGGUCGAUCGAUCGAUCGAUCGAACGCAGCUAUUACCGUUUUGGGGAGUAGGACGACGACGAGUAUGGGCGGUGAUGGUGCUACGACGGUCGACGCUAGCGAAUCGAACUCCACCGGCGGUGGAGGGGUCACCAUCCAUAUCCGAUGUUCCAAUGGCUCCAAGUUCUCUGUGCAGGUCAGCCUCGACUCCGCUGUCGGAUCGUUCAAGUCCGUGCUCGCUCAGAACUGCGACAUCCCCGCCGAUCAGCAGCGGUUGAUUUACAAGGGCCGGAUCUUGAAGGACGAUCAAACCCUAGAAAGCUACGGUUUGGAGGCAGAUCACACUGUCCACAUGGUUCGUGGUUUUACAACAGCUGCAUCAGCCAACAGUACCGGUGCAACCAAUACUGGAGCUCCAAAUACUACUCCAGCUGUAGCAAGGGGCGUUGGUUCUGAUGAAAGUGGUGCAUUUGGAGGAUCUGGUCUUGGAGCCUCACUAUUUCCUGGACUUGGUUUGAAUGGGUUAGGCGGCAGUGGUGGUGGUCUUUUUGGAGCUGGACUUCCAGACUUUGAACAAAUGCAGCAACAGCUGACUCAAAAUCCCAACAUGAUGAGAGAUAUCAUGAACAUGCCUCUAGUUCAGAACCUAAUGAAUAACCCUGACAUUAUGCGCAACAUGAUUAUGAACAAUCCUCAAAUGCGUGAAAUUAUUGACCGGAAUCCGGAGCUUGCCCACAUUCUCAAUGACCCUAGCACCCUCCGACAGACAAUGGAAGCUGCAAGAAACCCUGAACUUAUGCGUGAGAUGAUGCGCAAUACUGACAGAGCAAUGAGCAAUAUUGAAUCCACUCCUGAGGGAUUUAACAUGCUCAGGCGCAUGUAUGAAAAUGUUCAAGAGCCGUUUCUGAAUGCAACGACAGCUGCUGGGGAUACUAGAAAUGAGUUAAGUUCAAACCCAUUUGCAGCUCUUUUGGGAAGCCAAGGUGGGGGGCAGGGCAGAGAUCAGUCGACUAACCCUACAACUACUGAUUCUGAGUCAACUAAUAAUUCUCCUGCUCCGAAUACUAAUCCACUCCCCAACCCUUGGGCCUCUGGUGGUGCACCUGCAGGUGCCCAAGCAAACACCACUACAAGGUCAAAUCCUGCUGGGGAUGCUAGGCCACCGGCAAUUGCUGGCUUAGGUGGACUUGGUCUACCAGACAUGUUAGGUGGCAUGCAGGAUACCACUUCACUGAAUCAGGUCAUGCAAAAUCCAGCUAUGUCACAGAUGAUGCAAAGUUUCCUCUCCAACCCUCAGUACAUGAACCAGAUUCUUGGUUUUAAUCCCCAGCUGCGUGGCAUGCUAGAUGCCAAUCCCCAACUUAGAGAGAUGAUGCAAAAUCCAGAAUUUAUUCGUCAGUUAACUUCCCCCGAGACAAUGCGGCAACUCAUGACUUUACAGCAAGCCAUGUUCUCUCAGAUUGGUCGGCAACAGUCAACCCAGGAACCAGGUCAAACUACUGGGGCAGCAGGUAACAAUAUGGGGUUGGAGAUGUUAAUGAACAUGUUUGGUGGACUUGGGGCUGGGAGCCUGACUGUUCCCAACAGAUCUAAUGUGCCACCGGAAGAACUGUAUGCAACUCAGCUCUCGCAGCUGCAAGAAAUGGGUUUUUUUGACACCCAAGAGAAUAUUCGGGCACUGACUGCUACUGCAGGGAAUGUUCAUGCUGCAGUGGAGCGGCUUCUGGGGAACCCGGGUCAGUAGAUUAUGCUCACUGUUGGCAUUCUGUUUGAUAUGACCAUAUGGUCAGUAGGGAUGGAUGAGAUUGGUCAGUUGGAUCCUGAGACACCAAAAUCUUAUUUUGGGUAUGAAAAAGUACAAAUUAUGAUAAGAGCUGUGAACUCAAUAUGGGGUGUUACUAUUGGACUACAAUCUCUCUUCUUCUUCCUCCGCACCGAAAAAAAAAAAACCCCGGACCACACUCACCCAGCCACCUGCCCCAACGCAGAAACUAAAAAAAUAAAAAAAACGAAGGGGGAGAUUACCGGAUUUGAAGCCUUGUAAGUACGCUAUUAAGAUCUGUUUCAUAAUUGUGGUCGUUACAUUUUUUUUUUGUUCUUUUUACCUAAAUCUUGGUAUUUGUUCUUGAUGACAGUUUCCUGUUACCUAGAUUUUAAUACACUUUAUUCUUUACUUGCAA